GAAGCACUUAGCACCUCCCAGUAUUUCAGUUCAUCUCACAACCAGCGGCUGAUCAGACCCAAGCACAAGAUGUCCUUCAUAAAUGUAGAUGCAGCUUCGGACUUUUCCUACCAGAAUCUCCCAUAUGGGGUGUUUUCCACCUCUGACAAUCCCAAACAUCGCAUCGGUGUUGCCAUUGGAGACCAAAUCCUGGACCUCAGUGUGAUAAAGUCUCUGUUUGUAGGACCUGUAAUGUCUAAACACCAGGAUGUCUUUGAUCAGCCCACACUAAACGCCUUCAUGGCCCUCAGUAAGGAGGCGUGGAGCGAGACCCGCAGGACGCUGAAGAGUCUGCUGUCAGCCACUGAGAGCACCCUGAGAGACGAUGUCAGCCUUCGGAGCAGAGCCUUUGUCCAUCAAAGUGCGGCCACGAUGCACCUUCCUGCAGACAUUGGCGAUUACACGGACUUCUACUCCUCCAGAGAUCACGCCACCAAUGUUGGCAUCAUGUUUCGAGGAAAGGAAAACGCUUUGAUGCCAAACUGGUUGAGGCUUCCAGUGGGAUACCACGGCAGAGCAUCGUCACUGGUUGUUUCUGGAAGCGCAAUUCGCCGGCCGUGUGGCCAGAUGAGGCCUGAUCAAACUAAGCCUCCUGUGUUUGGCCCCUCCAAGCAACUGGACAUUGAGCUUGAGAUGGCUUUCUUUGUUGGAGGAGGCAAUCAGCUCGGGGAGCCCAUUCCAAUCAGCAAGGCCCAUGAACACAUCUUUGGGAUGGUGCUCAUGAAUGACUGGAGUGCUAGAGAUAUCCAGGCUUGGGAGUAUGUUCCUCUUGGACCUUUCUUAGGGAAGAAUUUUGGAACAACCAUCUCACCCUGGGUUGUUCCAAUGGAAGCACUCUUGCCUUUUGCAGAGCCUAAUCCCAUACAGGAUCCUGAACCUCUCCCAUAUCUUCGACAUGAUGAUGCCUACACCUUCAAUAUUAACCUGUUUGUGUCACUAAAGGGCCAGGACAUGUCAGAGGCUGUAAACAUCUGCACCUCAAAUUUUAAAUACAUGUACUGGACAAUGAAGCAGCAGCUCACCCAUCACACAGUUAAUGGCUGCAAUGUCAGACCAGGAGACCUGCUGGCUUCUGGUACCAUCAGCGGACCCAAUCCAAAUAGUUUUGGUUCCAUGCUGGAGCUGUCCUGGAGAGGAUCCAAGACCAUUGAUGUUGGAGAAGGAAAAAACAGAACAUUCUUACAGGAUGGAGAUGAAGUCAUUAUCAAAGGCCACUGCCAAGGAGACGGAUACAGAGUGGGUUUUGGACUCUGCAGAGGAACCAUCCUCCCAGCCCUCAGUCAUUGAAACAUUCUGUUAUAAUUUUCUGGAACAAAUAAAGAAACACGUGACAGAGAGCAGCAGUA